GGACUACGAAAAAAAAAGCAACAUUCAUCAUUUAUCGAAUCAAUGAAGCAAUACAACAACUAUAUUUGGUUCCCAAGCCUGUCAUCCGAAACGGCCUUUUCGGGAUGUCUGAAGGCUAGUGAUCUAAUAAAUCGCCAAUCUCCAAAAAAUCGAAAUAUAAAAGUACUAAAUGGAAAUCCAAAUCAUUUUAGAGAAAUCAGUCGCUACUGGAAAAAUAAUUAUAUCAGCAAAACUAUUUCGUCAGGUUUUUAUGUUACAACGUCAGCGCUUUUAUAUUGCGAAGAAAUUCAUCUAUAUGGAUUUUGGCCAUUCUAUACGGACCUUCAUAAUAGACCAGUCAACUACCACUAUUACGAAAACGUCAAAUUAAAGAAAUACGGACAUUCAUUUGGGAAAGAAUUUAAAGAAUUACUACGACUACACAGUGAGGGUGUUUUGCACCUACAUGCCGACAAAUGCUAUUGAUAAUUAAAGUUGUGCUACUUUAGCCUUAUCGGCAGAUAGGCCCGAUGGGGAUAAUUACUAUUCAUUAGUGUUGAUUAUUUUCGU